UUCUAAUUUAUUUUAUUGGAAUCAAACUUUUACAUGAUCGUACGCUUACAUAUUCUCGAACAGAUUGUUUUACACGUUCCUGAAAUCAUAGUACAUUCUAUUGACAUUUUUCGCGAUACCUUUGUUACAUUGCUAUUAUUAAUUUUUGCUAACUUUUGAAAAAUUUAACUAUCAGAAACAAUUGAGACUAUCAAAGACUAAAGUGGUACUGCGAAAAAAAGAUUUCCAACAGAAAGAUAACGCGAACACAUAUCUCGAAGAUCCUCAUUUCAAAAACUGAUUCGUUUCCGUGACUGCGGUCAAUGACAUCUCGACAACCAACUGUGAAGAUUAUGCUGUUUCAUUUGUUGAAAAAAGAUACAGAUAACUGAGUAUAUAAUAAAGUGUGUAAAUCAAUCCUACGAAGUUAGUAAAAUAAGUUUUUAAAAAUUCAUAUCUCGUGAGACGAAAGCUUCAAAAAUUAAGAUGAUAACAGUACCGAUAUCAGCCUCCAGUCCCUAUGUGAAGGUCACAUCCUACAGUGACACCAGCACAAUUGUCAAAAAACCCUUGAUUCAACAAUUUUUAAAAGACAUGAAGGAACAUUCGGCAGCCCAGCGAAUGGAGAGAGAUAAGGAUUUGCCGCAGCGAUCACAAAGCAGCGCGGCUAGUCUGACGUCUAUAGGUGCCGAUAUAUCUCCCAGUUCUUCCCAAUUUUUCGAGGUAUUCUACGUUGGCAAAAUUAAAGUAUCACAUCCAAAAGUACCGGAAUCUUUCAUUGAUGAUGCUUUAAUAAAGUUUCGCCUUCAUGGACUCGAAAAAUCCAGGUCUUCGACGAGCAAUAUUCUGUCAGAUUGUCAACGGUUGAAACGCCAAGCUUUGAUGUCUUCCAUUAAUAGAAGAAAUAGUACGGAAUCUACCGCUAGUGAAUCAGGCAGUAUCGAGAACAUGUCGGGAAACAAUAUAAGUCCAAACGUGAAUCCGUUUGGAGUUCCGCCAGUUUUAAGCAGCUCCGUGGAAACUUUUCCAAAAACAACCGCCAAUACCGUAGAAAAUGACGGUCGUGAUGGAAAUCAAAUGUCCGAAUCUUCCCCUAAUUCUAAUAUCACUGUACCUGAAGUUAUGCGCAGCCGCGCUGCGUCUACCGGCAGCGUUUUAAGCGGCAGGAGAGAUUCCGCCGUUAAAGAAAACGAUGAUCAUAAUCGUACUAUGCUUUUUCAAGUAGGGCGGUUUGAUUUGAGAUUAAUUAGUCCGGACAGAAAGCAGGUCCUUUUGCACAAACAAUUAAAAGAUAUAGCCAGUUGUGCGCAAGGUAUGAAAAAUCCGGAUCAUUUUGGAUUUAUAUGCAAAGAACCAGAAUGCUUCAUCGGAUACGUCUUCAAAUGUCAAUCCGGAUCAGUCGCAGAUGAUCUUGUUGCAGCAAUUAGUCAAGCUUUUGUCACAACUUGCAACAUCACGAGAAAAGAAAAGUAUUCUGUAUUUUCUUGCGAUCAUUGCCCUAUGUAUUGGUACAAUAAACUAUGUCAAGAGAUCGAAGGACAAAAUGAUAAAAAAGUGCAAAGCAUUAUCUUAUCGCGUAUGGAAUUAUUACCGGAGGAUGAGCAGGAGAUUGUUGUGAGCAAAUAUAAGAGCGCCGAAGCUGCAGGUAACAUUGGUACAAGCUCCACGAGUCAAAAUCAAUUCCUAAUGCGACUGUUGCGUGCGCAUUGCGAAUUAAAACAAGCUAGACAUGUACACGAUACGGCUGAGAACAGGAGUGAAUUUCUCAAUCAAUAUCUAGGCGUCGGCGUUGGUAGCACAAUAUUUAUGAAGGCGAAACGUUCUCUUACGAAUAGCUUUGACAAUCUUAUGAAGAGAAAAGGUUCACGUGACGAUUUUGGUCUGGGACCACGGGAUUCGUAUCAUCUGAAUGCGGGGAUACAAAAAAAUGGUAGUCAAAGUCCAGAUAACUCGAGGCAAUCAUCUCUAUUGGACAUCUCGCCAGAAUCGAGUAGACCGAGAUCAUUGCGCGUCUCGCCUGAACAGCAAAUAGUUAUAAAUAACGGACCAAAGAGUUCUAUGAUGGACAUCUUUUUAAAAGUUGGUAACUCACCGAAAACAUCUCCUACGGAGACCGACGGAAACAACACAUUACAAGCCAAUAGUUCGUGGCGACAAACGAUACUAAACAGAGUCGUGACGCCAAGUAAAGAUCACAACGCCACAGAAAUUGAAAAAGUUAAUAUCAUCAAAAGUUUAGAAACGCCCAUUAAACGUAAAACGAAACAAGAAUUGCGAGACUUGUGGAAGAAAGCGAUUAAUCAACAACUAAUACUCAUAAGAAUGGAAAAAGAGAACGCAAAGCUUAAAGAACGUCAAGAAGAAGCAACGGUAAAAAGAAUUAAACUGGAAUAUGACGAGCUCAGUAGCUGUGCACGUGAAGUGGUAGAAGUUUGGGAUCUUCUUGUUAGCAAGGAAUCGCGAGUCUCUACUAAAUGUGAUAAUCAAAUGCUUUUACACGCUAUCAAACAAGGUGUACCGAAAGGGAAGCGAGGUGAGGUUUGGCAAUUUCUAGCCGAACAAUUCUGCUUAAAACAACCGCCUAUAGAUACUCAAGAUUUUCCAAAUUAUAAUACACCCUAUGAAUUGCUCUUGAAGCAACUCACAUCUCAGCAGCAUGCCAUUCUUAUUGAUCUGGGGAGAACGUUCCCGAGUCAUCCGUAUUUUAGCUCACCCUUGGGACCCGGUCAAUUAGCGCUCUUCAAUUUAUUGAAAGCUUAUUCCCUGUUAGAUCACGAAGUCGGUUAUUGCCAAGGUCUCAGUUUCGUCGCCGGGGUACUUCUAUUGCAUAUGGCAGAGGAUCAAGCCUUUUUCUUAUUACGACAUUUGAUGUUUCGUCGAGGACUUAGGAAAUUGUAUUUGCCAGAUAUGGCAGCAUUGCAAUUGCACUUGUAUCAGCUCUCAAGACUGUUACAUGACCGCUUACCAGCAAUUUACAAUCAUUUUGACAAACAUGAAGUUUCACCUACAUUAUAUGCUGCUCCGUGGUUGUUAACCUUGUUUGCUAGCCAAUUUCCUUUAGGUUUUGUGACUAGAGUUUUUGAUUUGCUUUUUCUGGAGAACUCUGAAGUCCUUUUCCGUGUAUCGGUUGCGCUAUUAGAAGAACAUCAAGACCAAUUGUUAUGCUGUGACAGUUUUGAAGAAAUUAUGGAAUAUCUCAAGACACGUGUGCCAGCAGUGGACAAACAAAGCUUGGAUCGCAUAAUGAAACGUGUAUUUUAUCCUGAUUUGGAGAUCUCAAAACAAUUGAAUGAAUACAGGGUGGAAUACCAAGUGCUUCAAGAAGAAAUGAUUUCAGUAAAGCCACAAAUGGAGAAUUUGGAGAAAUUUAAAUUACAGAACAAGCAACUCACGCAGGAAGUUACACAACUUAGCGAACAACUUGAGAUUACUAUGAGCAACUUGCAAAGGCUCGAAACGGCGCGCUCGAUGCAACAAGCGACUAUCCAUAGAUUCGAGUCUCAGAAUCGCAGUCUUGAAGUAACAGUAGCCACACUAGGCGCGUUUAUUCAGCAAUUAGUAGAUACACGUGCUGAUAUCGAAGUACCGGGCGAAGUUCGUCGGAUAAUUGCGCAACUGGGUAUGAUGGAGAAACGACGAAACGCAGGCAUCAAAUCGUAUCCUCUAAAAGUUAUAGAGGACAACAAAUACGGAAUGAUAAAAAGUAACUCGACUGGUAGAGAGUCUCAAAAUCUUUUCAGGAAUAAUAGCAUGGAUACAUCAUAUUCCUUAAAAUCGACUAUGAGCCAACCCAAUCUAGCGACAAAAUUAGAGAGAGUUUCUUCAUUUUUUUCGAAUUCGCACAAUCAUAUACAGAAGCAGCGCGCACAGUUAGCGGCUCUCAGAAACGAACACUUGGAACAAACAAUGAGAGGCAAUAAUGAUGAGAAUGAUCCCAAGACAGUAAACAUUGAUAUUCAAAUUACGGAUACUAUGAAUCUGGCGAACAAUCCGGCAUCGCAAAACGAGAACAAUUUAAAGAUUCCGGCUACCAAUUUGGAGAAAUCGAUAUCAUUACCGUUGAAACUUAAGUUGAAAUCAUCAAAGUCUGCGUACGAUUUAGGAUCCGUAAAGAAGGUUCCCACUAGCAAGCUCGAAAUUACAAGCAAUGAUUCAUUAACGAAUCUAACAGGAACUGUACAUCCACUCGACACUUGUAGCGACGUGAAUUUCCGAUAUGGUGGAACCACGAAACUAAAAUGCAUCAAACCUAUUAGAUUAUCUAGUCCAAGUUGUCAGGAAGAUUUUAGUAACGAAAAACAAACACCUGAUCAAAGGACUUCCGAUCCUUUAAAUAGAUAACAAUUACUUUCGAAUACAUCUUCAAAGAGUAUUUUAUCAAAGAGAAUCUUCAUAAAAAAUAUGUAUUUAAAACGAUAUUGGUAAGUAGAGAACAUAUAAUGUGAUCGCGUUUCUAUAUUUGACAACUCUGCGUUUUCGGAGAGAAAAAUUUCAAAAUAAGUGUAUAAUUUAUUUAAUUUGUUUAAUUAUGAAGAGAAACAAUGUUUUUUAAUUUAUAUUGAGAUCUGAUAUUAUUUUUUACAAUUUAUGAGAAUUAGCCAAAGUGUAUUUGAUAUUACAUUUGGAAAUAUUGUACGCAGAUAAAUAGUCGACAGAGAAUCCAUCGUUUGCAAGUAAAUACUUAAAACCAUACAUAAAAAUGCAUUAAGAAUGCAUUCAUAUCCAUAAAAUAAGAUAAAUAUCGAAAUAAGGUACUAAAGAUGAUGUGCGUAAUCAGUUUCAAAUUGCCAAAGAAAGUGCCAAACUUUCUCUGUGUUAGAAUAAACAUUUUAUAUAUAGAAAAAUAAAAACAAUUUUAAUUACAUAGUUAUAUAUACGUAUGUGGAUAUAAAUAUAUUGCAUACAUACGCGUAGAUGCAACUGUGUCAUUGAAAAAAAUAUAUAUAUUUAUGAAAGCCAUUAAUAUAUGGCUGCUAUGCACUGUAAGAUUCAAAGAAUUAUGUAAGUAUUACUAUUUUUGCACAAAACAAGCCUUGUGAUAUCAGGGAUAGUUAACAGUAUAUAUAUGUAUACUCGCUCUGUUCUUUAUAGUGAAGAAGUUUUACCAUCGUUAAUACGAAAAUAGCGUUAAUGACAUGUAACAUUCAUAUCAAAAAUGUUGUACACUAGCGAACAAUGUUAAUUAAUCAAUCCCCAUAAAAGAUAUUUAAAAUUGCUAACAUUGGACAGAUACUUAUGAAAUAGGGAUAUAUCCAUAAACAUGAUAAAAUUAUAUUUUGUAGUAUUCGAGUCUGUAAUAUUCUAUUAAUAGAUUAAUGAUUAUUAUUUGUAACUGUAGAUAAGUGUAUCAAUUUGUGACCAAGUAAUAGAAGUAUAUUCAUAUCAUAUGACAAAAAUAAAGGUAUUCUAUAUGUUCCAUUGUUUACUGCUAUCAUAAAUGUUAUUAGAAUAGAUUAUAUUUUGUAUUAGUAUUGACGUGAGCCAAGAAAUAUUUAAUAUAUAGAUUUUUAGAUUUUUUUUGUUGACUUGCUAAUCUUAUUACUUAUUACAAUGACAGAUUACAAUAAUAUCGAAUAUAUAAUAAAAAUGAGAUUGUUUUAUGAAGUACACAAUGUAUAAUAAUAAUAAUUAAACAAGCAGCA